CAAGGAGAUGAAGUUACAGGAUGAAGGUUUCAAUUCAUCAUGCAUAUAGCUGUCAGGCUCAGACAGCGAUGAUCUCAGCAUUUAAAGGUUUGGAAUUAUAGAGGAAGGAAUUGUCCAUUCAGCUUAGCAAAGUCGUUAGCGGUGUGUAAAUAACAUUUCCAGGAGAGUAAAUACCAUCUUUUCCUCUUUGGUCACAGGUAAAGAUAAUCAUUGUUGGCUUCAGUCACAAGUUACAGCAUAAACAUAAAGUCAGUACAAAAGGUAAAAUACAAUUACAUCCUACUAGGAGAUGCAGUCUAGACUUGUAUAAUGAGCAGUGUUUUUUUCUGUCACGUCUAUUGAUUUCUGAUUGAACUUCUUCUUUUUGCGUUAUCACACAGAAAGAUGCAGGCAUCAUGCGUAUACUGUGUAUGAGUCAGCCAAUAGUUUAUGUAGUCUAGUUAGUCCCCAUGUCACAGAAAAACUGAGAGAUCUAAGUGCCAAUGUAACCGCCACAUUGCUCUUAAAGGCCUAAAGGUGAGGCUUAUUUGCUUGCUAAAGUUUCAGUGCAACUAAAAGAUUAUAUAUAAGUGAGAGACAUGGAUCAAUAAUAAACAAACUAUGUAAAACAAUAAAAAACAGAUUGAUGUACCUGGAAUCUUUGAAUAGCUGACGUGGAAUGUGGUAAAAGCAAAGCCCCAAAACAGCAGGUGCUUCAUCUUGCUGAUUGUCUUUGUGCUGUCUUUCCUGAACCGAAUGAGUGAAGGUUGUAAACUACAGUGAAGUGGGUUGUCAUUACUGACCUUUAGACUGACACAUCCAUAAUGGUGACACCUUCAACCGAAACAACUGCUAACAGGGGGAUAGACGUCUUCUUCUUUUUUAUCCUUUAUGGCAGGGAAGAAGUCGCAAAUUCUUAUAUUAUAGUAGAUAUUUAUUCCACAUACAGUGCUCAUUGUGCAGUAGCAUAUCAUAAUGCUGUUACUGUUGAGUGUUAUGUUUGAAACAUCUGCAUAUUUGUUUAUUAAUGGCUUUAAAUAUAUUGCCAGAAAGUGCACAUAUUCCCAAGCCUCUUUCAGGGAAUAUUAUGUUAUACAUGAUACUGCAAUAGCAGCAACAUAUACAAUAAUGGAUAGGUUAGUGUACUGCAGUUAUGUUGUAGAUAGGUUAUUUCAUUGUUUUGGAGCUCAUGCUGAGACAUAUAAUUCAAAAGUGAGAUUAACUGAAUCCCAAAUACAACUUAACCUUUUAGAGAGGGAUUGAAUGGAGAGAAUUUUUAGUCUAGUCAAAUCCCACCUGGCACAGAGCUACGUCAGAGAGUUGCUCCAUCUCCAUCUCUCACUGUCAUCUUUAAGGUGUAACAAUCCUCAUCUAGAAUUUGUAAAUAGGACUGUGAUGGAUGCAUAGAUAGAUAGAUAGAUGUUUAUACCUUUCAGAAGGUGCACAAAGGAGAAGACAAGCAUUUAGUGCAUUUUUUGUAAUGUAACCUGCAUGUCUCCAGGCAAUGGAUCACUGCAUUUCAGUGUCACGUGUUUUGACUUUUUUAAUCAAAAAUGGUGACCUCACAGUUUAUUGAUGCAGUUUUUGAUAGUGACAAAACAUAUGUCACUCAGUCAAGCAAACAAAAGUUGCAGCACCUUUCUAAACCAGCGCUAAGCUUCACAAUAAAAGAGAACAAAACAAGCAAUAAAAACACCUGCACAUGUGCGCGCCGCAUGUCACAGGUCUGAGUCCUUAAUGAGUGGCUUCUCUUGGACGCGGUCGCCGCUGUGGAGCUGCUGCUCUUCGGUGACCAAAUGACUCUGGAAGCAGCUUUUGUUGUUGCUCUGACGUCAGUGCGAGCUACAAUGAAACCGCCAACAUGAGUAUAAAAGCCGGUUUGGAAGCUGGAACUCUGGCGCCCCAGACUCCUGUACGCAGCGGGUGGACAUCAGAGCCGAGGGGAUCAACAUGCACUUUCUGAGCUUCAGAGCCACCACAUUACUACAGCUGACAUUCCUCACUGUAUACGGUGCCAAGUGGACAUAUAUUGGGCCAGAUGGACAGCACCAUUGGUCCAAGCAGUAUCCAUACUGUGGUGCAGCGUUCCAGUCUCCAGUUGACUUCAUGCCAGAGCUUCUAAGGUUCAACUCAACUUUACGUCCCAUUGAGGUUCACAACUACAACCUGUCACCCAGUGAGCAGCUCACCCUUAGAAACAGUGGACAUUCUAUACAAAUGUCCUUGCCCCCCAAAAUGUACAUCUCCAGCCUGCCUUAUCGCUACACUGCUGCUCAGCUUCAUUUCCACUGGGGCACUUCCAUCACACCUGCAGGCUCCGAGCACAUGGUGAACACUAAGCAGUAUGCAGCAGAGAUGCAUGUAGUACACUUCAAUUCAGACAAGUACUCCAACAUGGCCAUGGCGAUAGACAAAUCUGACGGCCUGGCUGUGCUGGGCGUCCUGAUUGAGAUUGGGGAGUUCAAUCCAGCCUUUGAACAAUUUCUAAUGUUCAUCAAUGGUGUCAAAUACAGAAAUCAGAGAGUGCGUGUGCCUGGUUUCAACAUCAGGGCGCUGCUGCCUGCACGUCUGGAUGAGUAUUAUCGCUAUGACGGGUCACUGACGACUCCUCCAUGCUAUCCCAGUGUUCUGUGGACAGUGUUCAGGGAUCAUGUAACAAUAUCUCACAAACAGUUUAUGACUCUGGCAACGUCCCUCUACUCCUCCCAUGCCCAGGACUCAGUCCCUUUGCCUAUGAACGGCAACUUCAGGAAAACGCAGCCUGCCGACAGCCGAGUUAUCCUGGUAUCUUUUAAGGAGGGCAGAGGACUUCAUAGCACUCUUACAUUCACAUCUCCGCAAAUGAGGAAACAAAUUGUUCAGCAGCUGCUAGCUGGUGACCUAGCAGAUCUGGCCGAUGAAGGGCUCUAUCAACUCCUACCAAGUGGCUCAGAGAGGCUCCGUGCCGGCAAGAGGAAAGAACAGGAGAAUCAGCUGAGUGAGACACCGGCCAAGUCUAAACAACAAACGCUGAAUCCAUCUCUGUCAAAGAAGAGCCAGGCCAACCGCACUGUGGGAAAGUCACAGCUGGCUGAAGAUGUGCUGUGCUACAUCUCGCUGCAGCAGAGAGUGUCCAAGCAGCUCAAACAGCCCCACACUGAGAGCCAGCUGGUUCACGCUCUCAGAGAUGCAGUUUUCCCUCAGAGCCCAGGACAGAAUAGGCAGAGAGUGUCCAAGCAGCUCAAACAGCCCCACACUGAGAGCCAGCUGGUUCACGCUCUCAGAGAUGCAGUUUUCCCUGAGCUCAACCUCAAAAGCUACCUGGACUGCAAAUCAGAUUUAGCCAUCCCCACUAUCAGACAUAUUCUCCAUGAACGGCCGACAGAAGAGGAUUUAGAGUUGGAUCACUCUCUGACAAAAGCCUUGAUGAAUGGGAAGAAGACUUCCACAGCGAUCAAGAAACGUGUGCCAGCGACUAACCAUGGCGGUGUCUCCCCUGUUACUGUUCCCAGGAAACCACCAAACCUGGGUUAUCCACAUCCUUGGCUUUUGCCAAUGGAGUGGGAAGACUAG